UCCGCGCAUUGAGGUUGGCCAAACGCGUUGCAAACUCUUGGAGGCGGACUAUUGUGAAACGCUCGUAUUAUUCUUCCUUUGGACACCUUAUAAUAUUAGGGAAAAAACCUGUAGCACCUGAACAGGCCCAUUCCUGAAUGAAUCCCUGAAUUUUCUUGUUACCUCGGAGGACAACUUGCCUUGCAGUGGACUAUAGAGCUUCAAAUUUUACACAAACCUCUUCAAAAAGUCAGUCAACAGAGACUGUCUUUUAAUAACUUUAAUUUUGUUCUCUUCUAGCUCUUGGUGGCGCUAUCCGUGUGGCGCCGAAAUCGAAUGAAUGUACAGCAUAAUACUCAUGUAAGGGUGUGUGGCAUCAACAUUAUCAAUAAGCUGGCAAACAUUAUUUUGCUCCCGGUAAUGAUGUGAUAUAACUUGCAGUUAUGGCAUCGGAGGAGGGUAACAGUGACAAUGGAGUAAAGUUAUCGCAGGUGUCCGCUGACAUACUGUGUGAAUUCCUAGAGGUAGCUAUUCAUCAAAUCCUACAUGUCAGAAGUUUGUAUCCCUCUGGGAUUUUUGACCGGAGAAAGAAGUACAACAUACCAGUACAGAUGUCUCGCCAUCCAGAACUCAACAAGUACAUUACUGAUGUUCUGGAAGGGAUGAAACCAUUGAUGGAGAAAGAUGAGAUUCAAUCUUUGUCUAUUGUCAUCAUCAGCUCAGACCAUCAACCCAUAGAGAGGUUUGUCUUUGAAAUCUCUCCCCCAGCAUCUCGCAGUCUGACCAGUGACAGCUACUUACUUAGGAUGGAGCAAUCACUUAGGGCAUUCUUAUUGAGAAUCAGCACAUGUGAUGCUUCCCUACAGGCCAAUCCUCCAGACUGCUCCUUUAAAAUUCUUGUGCACACCAAAAGCUCAGCAGUGUUUUCCAUAGAAAACAGUCAGUUCAUUCAGGACUUUCCCUGGAUAGAAGCAGACCAACAUCUUUACAGUCUGAGUGAUUCUAGGCUGACCCCACUGAAGGCCAUGUCAUCUGAUUUAAUAAAGAUGCAGUUGUAUGUUGAGGAAGUAUGUCCAAAGUUGACAGUAGAGAUUCCUUCAUGACACUGAAGCGGAGAGUUUCUAAUUGGGACAAAGCCUACAUGUACAUGUAUGUGCUAGGUUAUUCCAAUGUGACUGCACAGUGCUAAGUAAUGGAGUACGCUAUUCCUUAGUGUUUUCUUUGUACAAUUGUUGCACUCUGUACUUAUGGGUACUUAAUGUGUAUUCACUUGGAUGAUCUUGGUGUGCCUGUUUUCACUGGUGUUUUUAAUGCCAAAUAAAUGCAAAGUUAUUAGCUUUUACAGGCAGAUGGUCUUGUAAGGGCUGCCUUGAAGUUAAGAUAUUCUUCAGAAUGUUUCAUAAAGCUGAAAUCACUUUUAAGUUGUUGAACAGAAACCAAGUUCUCUUUUAAAGAAGUCAACGCUCUUCUUGAUUGUGCUGUAAAUUUGUUGGAAAAUUUGUUUAAAAUUCAUUAUAGCAUUUAUAAAACAAAUGAAAUUCUGAAAUCCAUCUUAUCAGGUAAACUAUCAGGUGUAUUCUAACUUGUGGCAUCUGUAUAUUUACUGGAUUACUGUUUAAUAAAACAUGCUAGUGAAGUACCAAACAUGAUAAAAUA